CUAUCAGCAGAAAUGUUCAUUAAGAGAUGCAAAGUGUCAUGGUGAAUACCAGAGUGUUCAAACCACAACUGGGUUGACAUUGCCUGUAAAAAUACCGGAAGAGACAAAAAUGGAUCCAGAUUCAGGAGUUUCAGCGGAAACAUCCAAUGAAGGGUCACCGGACCCAGUGGCAUCUGCCUUUAGUAUUAUUUCCAAGCAGAGAAAACAAUUAACAGAACUCCUUCAAGAAGACCUAGAAUUUGUUUUAGAUGAGCUACUUGUCCAAGAUGUCAUCACAGAGGAAGAAUACGAGACCUUGGACAAAACAGAAGAGGAAUCAAAGAAGAAAAGUAGGAAACUGCUGAUCAUGAUACAGAAGAAAGGAGAAAAAGCCUGCUUCCAGUUCUUGGAAUUGUUAAAAAUGGCACGACCAGGUUCAAGCCGGUUUCUGCAGCAGUCAAGAGAAGGAUGCCAAAAUGAAGAGGGUCAUGCAUGGAGCCUUGUGGAUCUGGCCAAAACUUUGGAAGAAAGUGUAACAGGAAAUACAAAUGUUGCCAUGUCCCCUGUACCAAAGGAAAUCGAAUACCCAGAAGAUGACUUAUACUGUGAGGAGAAGUGUCCUUUUGAAAAAGUAGAAUCCAAAUAUGAGGAAACAGCCUCAGAUGGAUUUUGGCUUUCAAAUGAUAAAAUAGCAGCAAAGAAUGUGAUACCAAAGGAAGAGAACUUUAAAGAGAGAAGUGAGGCACUUGAGGAUAUUCUCUUGCAAUUAAAAUUGCUCCAGCGAAAAAGCAAGAAAAUCACAUUGCAUGAAACCCUUGAAAUCAGUUCUGGUAGUCUAAAGAAAUGCACUCCUCAUAGCCUAGAAGAACUACCUUGGCAUUUUCUGCGGAAGGUCCUGGCUUUGAAUGCGAGUGCCCGGAACACAAACCUUGACCAGGGGACAGCUGGUGGAAAAGGUGUGAGAGGAAUGGAGAAAAAACAGAGCAUUGAUGAUAGGAUCUUCAUCGCUGAGAUGGAUACAAAACUGUCCAUGAACCCCCUUGAUGUCCUUUGCGCUCUUUUGCUCUGUUCGGAUAGUUUUCUUCAGCAAGAUAUUCUCUCCAAAAUGUCCAUGUGCCAGUUUGCCCUGCCUUUGCUUCUGCCACCCUUAGAGACUCCCAAAUGCACCCUGAUGAUUUGGGCCAUGAGAGACAUUGUGAAGAAAUGGAGGCCCCAUUCACUGGCUGGAAGCAAAGGCUUUAGGGAAGAGAACCUGGUACUCAUUCCAAUGCCAAUAAUAUCCUUUGUGCGGUUAGGCAGCUCUAAUAUCUCUAAGUCUCAACUCCUCAAUGAUUUGCUUAGCUCCUCCCAGCAGCACCAUGAUUUCUUCAUACACAGGGACAUGAAGGGUGGAAAUGUCCCUCGGAAAAUUUCUGAUGGACUGAUAGAGAUCACCUGGUAUUUUCCAGGAGGCCAAGAAAACUCUGAUCUCUUCUCAGACCCAGUUGCAUUUACUAAUUUACGUGGAGAUAUAGAGCCACAUUGGAUGCAGCUUAUGUUUCUAGCAGAAGUCUCUUCGGCCCUCUUUAUAGUUGCUAAAUGCAUAAGUGAGAGAGAAUACAAUUUGUUGUCAUUACUGAAAGAAUCAUCAACUCAGUAUUACUUCAUCCUGGAAUGUGAUGGUAGUAUAUCCAAGGAAACUUUGGCUUUUUUAAAUAAAUUGGCUCCAGUGCUUAAAUUUGACAAUUCACAUAUAUUGCCCAAAGCAGCCAGAUCCAAUAAAGCGGAAUUUGUGGAAAAACUACAAUCUACUCUUGAAAGAGUAGUCCACUCUUCUUCAAAAAACAUAAAUGUCCGAAACAUGGCUGAUAUAGCUGGUGAAUUUGACAUCUGGGUUGAUGAGCACUCUCAGGUUUGCCAGAGGGCUCUCCGAUGUGCUGAACAAAUCACACAAGAAAUAAAAGAUGUCACAGAUUAUAAAAAAGAAGAACUCAAACUCCAAGGUGAUCUCUGGAAAAAUCUGGCAGUAGUGGAGAAAGAGCUGUGCAGAAUGGAAAAACAAGGGGCCAAGCCCUCUGAAGAAUACAGAUCCGAAUUGAUAGGCAGAUUAUUGGAACUACGUGAACAACAACACAAAUGUGAGCUAACUGCUGGUUUGAUUCAUUUCAUUCAUGGCAUAAAAUAUUUGAAUCCUACAGCGAAACAUUACUUCUUGAAAUGGAUGAAGUUCAACUUGGAUUCUGUUGCUAGGGAGAAUCUUUUAAGGUUACGUACUACUUACAAAGAGAAAUGCAGGACUGUAGGAAAUGAUGGCCAGGUGAUUGUACAGGUAGAUCGACAGAUAGCUACCUCUUCCUUGGGAGUUGAACAUUUCAUGCGUGAAUUGGGGCAGCUUUAUGAAGCAGAAUAUUCAGUGGUUCAACAAAACAAACUUCCAGAAAGUCAAAGGCAAUUUGUCCAUCUCCCAAGCAUUGCAGCUACCCUGAUGCUGGAAGGGUUCCCUAUAGAGCUGAUUGAUGGAGAUGCUUCCAAUAUUCCCGUGCAGUGGGUAACAGAUGUCCUGACUGAGCUCAAUAAGAAACUAAAUGGUCAGUCCAAAAUGAUUGUGGUAACUGUGCUGGGGGUGCAAAGCACCGGGAAAUCAACUUUGCUUAACACCAUGUUUGGCCUGCAGUUUCCUGUUAGCAGUGGCCGAUGUACACGAGGGGCCUUCAUGACAUUCCUUAAAGUCAAAGAAGACAUGGCUGAGGGUCUCAACUGUGAUUUCCUUUUGGUAAUAGACACAGAAGGCUUGAAAGCCCCAGAGCUUGCUCAGUUAGAAGAGAGCUAUCAUCAUGACAAUGAGUUAGCCACACUCGUGAUUGGGUUGAGUGAUAUCACAAUAGUAAACAUGGCAAUGGAGAAUGCCACUGAAAUGAAGGAUGUCCUGCAGAUCGUAACCCAUGCUUUUCUCAGGAUGAAGGAAAUCGGUCUAAAACCCAACUGUCAGUUUGUUCAUCAGAAUGUCAGUGAUGUUUCCGCACAUGAUCAAAACAUGAUGGACAGGAAACGCCUUUUAGAACAGCUUGAUGAAAUGACCCAGGCAGCAGCAAAAAUGGAGAAAGUUGACAGAAAUACCAAAUUUUCAGACAUCAUAGACUACGACCCAGAGAUGAACAGUUGGUACAUCCCAGGUUUGUGGCAUGGAGUGCCACCAAUGGCGCCAGUUAAUGCAGGAUACAGUGAAAAGGUGUUAGAGUUAAAGCAGCACCUAAUUGAAUUCAUAAGGAACCGCUCACAUCAAAGAUCAUGCAAGGACAUCCCAGCAUUUAUUGAAUGGUUAAAGAGCCUGUGGAGUGCUGUGAAACAGGAAAACUUCAUUUUCAGUUUCCGCAACAGCCUCAUUGCUGAAGCCUAUAAUAAUCUUUCUGUAGCAUAUUCUGAAUGGGACUGGAGCUGUCGCAAAGAAAUGCAUCUCUGGCUAUCCGAACAUGAAAAUGAAAUAUAUAACAUUUUUCCUCAAAUUGAGUUAUUUGAGUUGAAAUCUGAGCUUCAAGACAAGCUGUCAAUUGAAAAAGACAAGAUUUUGAAGAAUUUGGAUGAAUACUUUCAAAGUGAAGCACAAAACCUUCAUCUAGUAGAAAGGUACAAGGAAGAUUUUGUCAGAAAUGCCAAUAGUCUCAUGAAUGAACUUGGAAGUUCUUCAUGUAAGAAGUUAGAAGAUGCCAUUAAGAUUAAAAAAGGUCAGCAUAAGAUUGAGGCUCUCCAAAAUGAAUACCUGAAAACCAUUGAAAGGAAAGUGGACCAUCUUCUUGAACAAUGCAGAAAGAAAGAGCAUGUUGUAGAAGAACAAGAACUAAAAAAAGAGUUUGAGCAAGUAUGGAGAGAAACGUUGUCAGAACUAUCUCCUGUUCAUCUAAUAGAAUUUGAUAUUUAUGCAGAUGUUGAAUUUCAUCUGAGAAAGAACGUGGAGUCUCAAAGUAAGUUAAUCACACAGAAAUUACAGAAAAGGGGUUUGUCAAGUUAUAGAGUAAAUGAUUUCCAAAUAAGUGAUGACCAUAUGCAAUCAAAAAUGUUGAAGCCUCACAAUCCAAAUUCAGAGGAAUAUUUGCUGAGGAUACAAGAAUUCUCUAUCUCACUGAUAUACAAAUGCAUUUCAUAUAUGGAUGAAAAAAUCUAUUCCAAAAGAGAUUAUGUUUCAACAUACUGUGGAGAACUUCUCCAUCUCAUCAGUGAGAACUUUCAAGAGGAUGAUGUUCAAAAACUUCAUAUGACACCUGCUUUUGAAGCGGACCUGAAGCUUCACAUUUUGGGAGAAGCAGCUUACAAAUUCCAGAAGAUGCAUAAAGAUUUUAUUGAGGAAAAUGAUCCCAGGAAACGCCUGGAGAAACUGAAACCUCAUUAUUUUUCCAUUUUCAAAGAUCUUUAUCAGAAAAAAGAUGCCCAGCAAAUCAGAGCUAAAGACUUCUGUGACAGGUGUCUCCAUCCUGCCUUAGAAGAUUACAUCAACAAAAGACUUGGGAUAGAAAUAGUAGAUCACUUCCGUAACAGUGAACAUCCCAUGGAAUGUUCUAGUCGGAAUUUCCUUCAGUUUACACUCUUGAAGGAGUUGUUGGAUGAAUGGGAUUUUAACCAAUAUGUGGAAUGCAUCAGAAACUAUGAACAGUUUGUCAAGAACUGGAUCCAUAAACAAGUGAUAGAUUGCUACAUAAAAAAUGAGACUUUGAAGAAUUUGGAGAAAGACAUUCUGUCAGGAAUACUAACAAAAGUUAAGAAUACAGUGGACAUCUUAAGAAAUAAAAAUGUUGAAACAUUCUCUAAUUUUGUGGACGAUUUUUGUCAGGAACUACAAAAGGACUUGGCCAUAUCAAAGAGUAAUCUAGUAGGAUUAGAGUUGAGGAGUGCAUUUGAUCCUGACCACUUCUCUGCUUAUGUUGAUAACUGUCUUCAAGAUUUGCAGAAAGAGAUACUCUCCAAAUUUGAAUCAUUGGAUAUUGAAUCCAAGCUCUCAAGACUGUCUGUGAAGCCCCAAGAUGAGAUCUUCAAGCAAGUGUUUGGCUGUGGGGAGCAAUGUCCCUUCUGCAAGGUCCCCUGUGAAGCUGGGGGUGCUGUCCACAAGGAUCAUUUUGCAGCAGUCCAUCGGCCCGGCGGGUUAGGAGAAUACAGAGAUAAUGACACAUGGAGGCUCAUUAGUGAUAUAUGUUCUUCUCAAGUGGCCUCCCAAAAAAAUUUCAAAUGUGCAGAUACCAAUUGGGAAUUUUAUCCAUACAAAGAUUAUCGUGAUUAUUAUCCUAAUUGGUCCAUUCAGCCUGAUCCCAGUCUCAAUGCUUCUGAUUACUGGAAGUUUGUUUUAAAAGAGUUCAAUACAGAAUUUUCCAAAAAGUAUAGUGCAAAACGAGCACAUUUGCCAAAAGACUGGAAGAAGAUAACCAAAGAACAGGCUCUCCAAGCCUUGAAGCAAUCUUAUAAUAUGAAUAGACAACCUAAUUCUGAAAAAAACAACAAGAAUCUGAAGUUUGAAUUGAAUUGA